AUGGCUUCAAAGCUUCUUCUGACCCCGCUUUUGCACUCCUCCCCCUUCUAUCUCCUGACCAUUGGUCUACUCUUCAGAGACUAUGAUCUGUUGCUCUGGCUUACGACCUCUCGCCCAAACACCGGGAAGUCACCUCUCUAUGGGGACCCACUGUCGACGGUUUGUGUACUCUCUGAGGAGCUCGCCCUUGGCCAAGGAAGAGACACCUCCCUGCCGAAGGAAGCGAUCCGUUAUGAUGAUGCAUGCUGGCAUAAACGCAAUCGGCGAUCAGAUGGAACAGAUCUGUCUGGAGAUCGGGUGCAACAUAGCCCCGCUCAUUGUCAAGCUAGGUCAUGA